ACUAUUAAUAUAGUGACCCAAUAACUUAAUCCGAUCCAUUACAUCUUUUUAAAUAUUUGAAUGGUUUGUUAUGUAUUUUUGUGGAAGAGAGGCAGACGAAGCAGAACCGAUACCAAGGAUCCAAAACGAACGAUCAAUCAAAGCAAAGCACAAAUAUGGAAGGGACUGUCUUUGCACCUGCACUGGAACAACUUGAGCAUGUCAAAUCUGAGCAAGGAGAAAUUCUGACAAAGCCUUUCUUAGAUGCCUGCAAGCACAUAUUACCUGUUAUAGAUAAGUUUGGAACUGCUAUGGGCCUCGUUAAAUCGGACAUUGGUGGUAACAUAUCAAGAUUGGAGACUCAAUAUUCUUCCAAUCCAUCCAGAUUCAAUUGUCUGUUUAGUUUGGUACAAGCAGAGGUUGAAACUAACACUACUAAGGCAUCAUCCAGUUGUACCAAUGGACUUCUUUGGUUGACAAGGGCCAUGGAUUUCUUGGUGGGUUUGUUCCAAAGUUUGAUAGAGCACGAAGAUUGGUCAUUGUCACAAGCCUGCACAGAAUCCUACAACAACACUCUUAAGAAGUGGCAUGGUUGGCUUGCUAGUUCAAGCUUUGGUGUUGUCAUGAAGCUUGUUCCUGAUAGGAAGAAGUUCAUGGAGGUUCUCGGAGGCGGUGGCAAUCUCAAUGCUGACAUGGAGAAAUUUUGUGCUACCCUUUCCCCACUCCUUGAAGAGAAUCACAAGUUUCUGGCGCGUCUCGGCUUGGACGAUAUGAAGGCAUCAUGAAUAACAGCUUCGAGUUGUCCUUGAUGAGUGGCUCUAUUCUUGUUGAGUCUUUAAACUGCAUUUUUCGCAUUUGACUAGCCUGAGAAAAUAUUCAAUUUCUUUGCCACUAAUUAUUCUACAGAAUCUUAUGGAUUUUCUUUGUAUUGUCAAACUUAUUUAUUAGCAUAAUUCUGAGGUCAAGACUAAUUUAAGUUACGCAGCUUGGUUUUUUGCAAUUAGGAAUCUUGGGGAAUGGAUAUCACAGUUUGGCUCCAUUAGAGCUGAGCCAAACUAACUUAUUACUAUAAAAUGUAUUCAAUUUAUAUAUACAGUCUUGUUGCACAUCCAA